GACGCCUGGCGGUUUUUUGCUUAGAAACGUUCAAGAAAAGAAAUUCUGCUUUAAAAUCAUGAAGAAAUAGAUGCAAUUUUGUAAGGUACUUUAAGGAACUAAGGAUGGACAAGCCUCAGAUUAUAUCACAUGUGCAAAAGUCACUAAAUUACACAGUUUUUGAUGGGAAGUGGGUCCCAUGUAGCGCAAGGUUUGUUGUUCUUGGAAAUCAUGCUCGUGGUACUGGUGCUAUGCAGAUUUAUGAAGUAUCACACGGAGAUGUCAAAUUACUUAAAGACGUUGAAAAGAGAACACCAUUUAAAUGUGGGACCUUUGGAGCAUCAAGCUUACAACAGCGGUAUUUGGCCACAGGGGAUUUUGAAGGCAAAAUGAUGAUAUGGAAUCUGGAGAACACUGAGAGACCUGUAUAUUCUGUCAAGGCUCAUUCACAAAUUAUAAAUGCAAUAGAUGGAGUAGGAGGACUAGGGAUAGGAGAAGGUGCACCUGAAAUAGUUACAGGAAGUAGGGAUGGUUCUGUCUGUGUUUGGGAUCCUCGUCAAAAAGAAACACCUGUGGCACAAAUGUUACCAGCAGAAGGACAAGAGGGAAGGGACUGCUGGACUGUAGCUUUUGGUAAUGCAUAUAACACAUCUGAACGUGUUGUGGCAGCAGGAUAUGACAAUGGAGAUAUCAAAAUAUUUGAUUUGAAGAAAAUGGCCAUCAAGUGGGAAACAAACAUAAAGAACGGAGUAUGUGGUCUAGAAUUUGAUAGAAGAGACAUCCAAAUGAAUAAACUGGUAGCCACAACAUUGGAGUCCAAGUUCCAUGUUUUUGACAUGCRUACACAACACCCUGACAAAGGAUUUGCUUCAUUAAGUGAAAAGGCCCAUAAUUCUACUGUUUGGUGUGUUAAACAUCUUCCACAAAAUCGAGAUAUAUUUAUGACAUGUGGUGGAUCUGGCACGCUGAAUUUAUGGAAAUAUUCAUAUCCAGAGAAACGAGUUGAAAAGGAUUCAAAUGGUUUGGAAUAUGGAGUUGUUGGUUCUGUKAACCUYCUUCAAAAUGCCACUCUGUCAACUCAACCAAUUAGUUCUCUUGAUUGGAGUCCAGACAAAGCUGGACUCUGCUUAUGUACAUCAUUUGACCARAUGUUAAGAGUGAUAAUUGUCACCAAGAUGAACAAGAUAUAGCAUUAAUAUUAUCAUUAUCUUUGUAAUUAAAUUAUGRACAUGUUUUAUAUUUAUGAUUUUGUCAAGAAUACAGACAGAAUGUUGCUAAGAGGA